ACAAAGGAGAGGAAAAAAAAAGCAAGGCAAGGUGGACUGCGGUGUCGAUCGAUCGUAAAGGGAGAUGUCAGCACAGGAGGCGUUUCUUUCCUGUGAACUCUAUAAAAGGUCAGCUCAUCCAGGACCAAGAGACAGACUCUGCUCCAUCCAUCCUGAAGCUACAGCUGCUCCCUCCUAGAAUCCCCAAUGGAUUUCAAUCAGAAAAGCUUCCGCAGAACCCUGAGCUCUUCCUCCCAGGGCCCUGCACUCAGCAUAAGCAGCUCCAUAUACAGGAAGGGGGGCACCCAGUACCUCGGAGCCGCACCCAGCGUGUAUGGGGGUGCUGGAGGCCAUGGCACCCGCAUCUCAACUUCUAGACGCGUGGUGAGCUAUGGGAGCGACCAAGCUGAAGGGAACCUGUGGGUUGGCAAUGAGAAGAUGACCAUGAAGAACCUCAAUGACCGCCUCGCAAGCUACCUAGAAAAAGUGCGGUCCCUGGAGCAGUCCAACUCCAAAUUUGAACUGCAGAUCAAGCAGUGGUAUGAAAGCAACACGCCUGGCAUCAGUCGGGACCACAGCGCGUAUCUCCAACAAAUCCAAGAUCUUCGAAAUCAGAUUAGAGACGCUCAGCUGCAAAAUGCUCGGUGUGUUCUGCAAAUCGAUAAUGCCAAGCUGGCUGCGGAGGACUUCCGGCUCAAAUAUGAGACUGAGCGGGGGAUCCGCCUAGCCGUGGAGGCUGACCUCCAAGGCCUGCACAAUGUCUUUGAUGACCUAACCCUAACGAAGACAGACCUGGAGAUUCAGAUUGAAGAGCUGAAUAAAGACCUGGCUCUCCUCCAAAAGGAACAUGAGGAGGAAGUGCAGAGUCUACGCGCUCAUCUGGGCAAUAACGUAAAUGUAGAGGUGGAUGCUGCUCCGUCCCUGAACCUCAGCGCCAUCAUGAGUGAGAUGAGGCAGAAAUACGAAGCCAUGGCCCAGGAGAACCUUCAGAAGGCCAAAGAACAGUUUCAGUUGCAGAUUGAAACUCUGCAACAAGAAGUCACAGUGAGCACGGAAGAGUUAAAAGGAGCCAAAGAUGAAGUAAAGAAUCACAGACGCACCUACCAGAGCCUGGAGAUAGAACUCCAGUCCCAUCUCAGUACGAAAGCAGCUUUGGAGCAUACGCUGGAGGAAACCAAAGCUCGUUAUGGUGCCUAUCUGGCCAAACUCCAGACACAGAUAAACUCCCUGGAAGACCAGCUGGUGCAGAUUCGGACCGAUACAGAACACCAGAUCAAUGAGUAUAAUAUUCUCCUUGACAUAAAGACCCGGCUUGAGCAGGAAAUCGCUACCUACCGUCGCCUUCUAGAAGGAGAGGACUACAAAACUACAGAGUAUCAGUUAAGCACCCUGGAGGAGAAAGAUAUAAAGAAAACCAGAAAGAUUAAGACGGUUGUGCAAGAAGUAGUGGACGGCAAGGUUGUGUCAUCUGAAGUCAAAGAAGUGGAAGAAAGUAUAUAAAUGGCUGUCAGAAGAUGCUGCUGCUGAGGUUUGGAAGAAAUAUAAGAAAGCGGCAUCAGAAAGCACCAUUAAUGCUUCAUAGUUAUUGGGGGGGGGGAGCCCAUUUACCAGUCUCUGUAAUUGAAUAUAAAUGUUUUAGUCACAGAAGCUGCAAAUUGCCUGCAAAAAUGAAAUCCAGUGAGCACUGGGCUAUUUAAAAUAUCAUUACUGCCCGUUUGAUCACAAAACGCAUUAACCACAAGCUAUAGAUGACCUAACAUCAAUUCCUAAUGUUCCUGGAAAUUACAGCCCAUUUCAAUUACACUAAACCUUACAGAGCAGAGGAGUCUAUGCAAAGAGCAAAUGAAUGUCUCUCUAAUUCCUCCUGUUUCUGAAUUGCAAAAAUCUCGUUUCAGGAUUCCUGAGUUAAUUUCUUGGUUAAUUUCAUUGAAUUUUCAAUCACGAUAUAAUUCUGCUGGCUUUAACUCAUAUUUGCAUUGUCUCCGCUGCCUUUAAAACUCAACUCGGCUCUGAAUAAUUUGAGAGCCCAUUCCAGUCAUCAGUGCUGAGCAGAAAUCAGAAUGAAAUAUAUUAUGCUUGAAAUAGGAGUCGAUUAAAAGCAAAAUUAGUGAAACCCUUCGCAAGGCAGAACGCUUCUCCUUUAACUGCAUAAAUCGCAUAAAUUGGGUCGGCGGGCACUCUCUUUCUUUACAUGGUGAAUGUAUGUUAUGAAAUGCUUCUCACUAUUUUUUUAGUAACGGCUCUAAUGAAAUGUAAUUCACGCACCAUAAAAUUCGUCCUUGUAAAGUAUGC